AUGGGUUCACAUGAAAAACACAGCUCGCGUAGUAGCCGGGAUAAAAUUGAUUCAAAAAGACAUCGUUCUCCAAAACGCGAAAAAAUUCGUCGUGAUCGAAGUCACUCACCACGGGAUAAGAGAACAAAGGAACGCAGCAGAUCACCUAGGAAAAGAGACCGAAGUCGUUCUCGAGAUCGAUCUGAUCGCGAUGGUAAAAAGGACAAGAAAAGGGAUAAAGAUUUAGAUUUGGGUGAAAUCGUUGCCAUGACAGACAAGAAUGAAGCUGAAAGGAAAUUAGAAAUCGAAAUGCAAAAGCGUCGUGAAAGAAUCGAAAAAUGGCGUUUGGAACGGAAAAAAGGGGAGAUAACAAGUAAUGAAAGUAUUUCGAAAAUAGGGGAACGGCAACAACAGGAGAAGAAAUGGACACUGGAUAACGAAGAAGAAGACGAAGAAAGUACACCACAGGAAAUUGAAAAAAAAGAGUCAGAGGAUGACGAUGAAGUUGAUCCAUUGGAUGCAUUCAUGUCUGAAGUCAGUAAGGAAGUUCGAGCUUCUAAAUACGGGCUGGAGCAGAAUAAUGAAGGAAAAGCCCGCAUAGUUGUGAUCAAGUCAGAUGCAAAUUUAGAGCCAAAAAAAGGUGAAAUCAUCGAAGCAGAAGACGAAAUAGAGCCAGUUAUUGACGACUUCGAUAUUGAGAAAGCAGCUUCAUCAUUGAUUGCGAAAGGAAGGCAACUACCACAGACUGACCAUUCUAAGGUGUACUACCGUCCUUUUCGUAAGAAUUUUUAUGUGGAAACUGCUGAACUGGCGAAAAUAACGAAGAAAGAAGUUGACGAAUAUCGAGAAGAACUCGAUAUACGCGUAAGGGGUAAAAAUUGUCCAAAACCUAUCAGAUCAUGGGCACAGUGUGGCGUCGAGUGGAAAAUUUUGAGUACUUUAAAGAAGUUGGAAUAUAAGAAACCGACACCAAUCCAAUGUCAAGCAAUUCCGGCAAUAAUUAGUGGCCGUGAUGUUAUUGGUAUUGCUAAAACUGGUAGUGGUAAAACACUUGCUUUCUUGCUUCCUAUGUUUAGACACAUAUUAGAUCAACCAGAAUUGGAAGAAAUGGAUGGUCCCAUUGCCGUAAUAAUGUCACCGACAAGGGAGCUUGCAAUGCAGACAUGGAAGGAAGCGAGUAAAUUCGCGAAACAGCUGAAUGUUCGUGUUGCAUGUGUUUAUGGUGGUGUCGGAAUAUCUGAUCAAAUAGGGGAUUUGAAACGUGGAGCUGAAGUUGUUGUGUGUACUGUUGGGCGUCUUACGGAUAUGCUCGCUGCAAAUAAAGGCAAAGUAACAAAUUUGCGACGGGUAACAUAUCUGGUACUUGAUGAGGCAGACAGAAUGUUCGAUAUGGGAUUUGAGCCACAAGUGAUGAAAAUUGUGAAUAAUAUACGACCCGAUAGACAGACGGUUUUGUUCUCUGCAACCUUUCCGCGACAAAUGGAAGCACUUGCAAGGAAGAUUUUGGAUAAACCGAUUGAAAUAAUGGUAGGAGGUAAAAGCGUCGUUUGUGACGAUGUCAAUCAAAAUGUUGUAAUUCUGGAGGAACACCAAAAAAUGCUAAAACUUUUGGAAUUACUCGGUGUCUAUUGGGAAAACGGAAAUGUUUUGGUGUUUGUUGACAAACAAGAGAAAGCAGAUGAUCUCGUCGCACAACUAAUGCGUAGUGGCUAUAAUUGUGCUCCAUUACAUGGUGGUAUUGAUCAAUUCGAUCGUGACUCAACAAUCCUUGACUAUAAGGCUGGAAAAAUUAAACUGCUAGUAGCAACAUCAGUGGCUGCACGUGGAUUAGAUAUCAAGAAACUGAUCCUUGUAGUCAAUUAUGAUUGUCCAAAUCAUUAUGAGGACUAUGUGCAUCGUGUUGGUAGAACGGGAAGAGCAGGCAAUAAAGGAUAUGCUUACACUUUCAUCUUACCAACCGGACAGGAACGCAUGGCAGGCGAAGUAUGUCGCGCUUUCGAAACAGCUGGGAAGGAGCCACCAGAACAGCUGAAAAAAAUGUGGGAAGACUAUAAAGCACAUAUGGCAGCAGAGGGGAAAACGGUCUAUAUCGGGGGUUGUGGAUUUUCUGGGAGUGGUUACAAGUAUGAUCAGGCCGAAGAUGAGAAAGAAGCGACGCGGAGAAAAGUUACACGUUUAAUGCAUGGCAUGGAAAAUGCUGUGGAUGAUGAUGAUGAUGAUGAGAUAGAGCAGCAGCUUAGUAGUAUGAUGAAGGGCAGAAGACGUAUUGUCGAGGGUCAUACUUUUGGUAGUACAACUUCUGGCUCAGGGGUUGCUGGUGACAAAUUAGAAAAAGCUCGAGCAAUGGCGGCAAAAAUUGCUGAAGCAAAGCAACUUGGAGUUACCGUACCAGUCGAAAAGGACGCAGCUUCUUUGACAGCAGAGGCUGUCAUGCGUGGUAAUGAUGCGGUACCGAUAGCAUUAUCGGCAAAGUCGAUAGCGAAGCAAAAAGCAGAGCAGUUAAAUGAACGCUUAAAUUAUAUUCCAUCAGAGUUAAUCCCAGGAGUCGAGACAGAAACAGAAUUGCAAUACUUUGAAGAGGAAAUUGAAAUUAAUGAUUUCCCGCAGCAAAUUCGUUAUAAAAUAUGUUCCAGGGACAGCUUAGCUCAGGUGCAAGAAUAUGCUGACGUAGGAAUUUCCGUGAAAGGAUCCUAUUAUCCAGGUAAUAAGGAGCCAAAAGAUGGUGAGAGAAAGCUUUUCCUAUUUUUGGAAGCACGGUCUGAGCUUGCGUUACGUCGUGCGCGUGAAGAAAUUUUAAGAAUUAUGAAGGAUACAGUGCGACAAAUGGCACAAACAGGUGCACGAAAUGCUUCAACAGCAGGAAGAUACAAAGUUUUUUGA